AUGUUAAAAAGUGAGUCGCGCACCGAGAACCUAGUGGCCUGGGCAACUCAACUUCGGUACGAUGAUUUGCCGCGACCAGUCGUCGAACGGACCAAGGAAUUGUUCCUGGACUGGCUGGCUUGCACCAUGGCCGGAAGGCAUCACCCCGCCAUAUCAGCCAUCGGGACGUUCGUCCAGGAGAUGGGACCAGCAGGUGGCCGGAGCGAGAUCAUCCAUGACCCGGAUCGAUCGACCAGCCCGGCCUUUGCGGCACUUCUCAACGGGGCGUGUUCACACGUCGUGGAGCAAGACGACCUGCACAACAGUAGCAUGAUGCAUCCGGCGACGGUCGUUUUCCCGACGGCCCUGGCCGUAGCCCAAGAGGUCGGCGCAGAUGGUCGAUCGUUCCUCACAGCUUGCAUCGUGGGCUAUGAUGUGGCCUGUCGAGCCGGAGAAUAUCUAGGUGAAAGCCAUUACCGGAAAUUUCACACCACGGCGACUGCAGGGGUUGUCGGGGCGGCGGCGACGGCCGCGUAUCUUCUCCGAUUAGAUCCAAAACAAAUGCUGUCAGCAAUCGGAACAGCAGGUACUCAGGCAGCGGGCCUGUGGCAAUUCCUCCUCGACGCCAGUCACUCGAAACAAGUGCACACGGGAAAGGCUUGCUUCGAUGGUAUCUUCGCGGCCUAUACGGCCUAUUUCGGAUUGCUCGGACCGCAUGAGAUUCUGGAAGGAAAAUCGGGCAUGUCCUUUGCCAUGGUACCUGGCCAGGCCCGUCCGACCGCCCUGGACGACAGGCUUGGAGUGAAAUAUUCCAUCAUGGAGUCGAGUUUCAAGUGGCAUGCCGCAUGCCGGCAUACCCAUCCCUCGGUUGAUGCGCUGCUGACGGUUAUGAAGCGCCACAACCUCGGCUUUGAUGACGUCGAGACCGUCGUGAGCCAUACCUAUCGAGCGGCCAUCGACAUUCUCUCACAAGGCGACAAGGCCGAGACGGUUCAUCAGAGCAAGUUCUCCAUGGGGUUUGUCCUAGCGGUAGCGGCGAAGAACGGACGAGCUUCCGUGACCGAUUUUACCGAAGACGCCUUGAAAGAUCCGGCACUGAGGGCGUUUCAAAAAAGAGUCACGAUGCAGUACGACCCAGAUAUUGAUGCUGCGUUUCCAAAAGAAUGGCAAGGACUGGUUGAAGUGACCACCAAGUCAGGGGAGAAGUUCAGUGAGCGGGUGGAAGUAGUGAAAGGGGAUCCUGGUAGCCCAUUGACCCGAAACACAAAGUACGGACAGCUGCUAAUGGGACCUAACAGUGAGGAUCUGAAGAGCAAAGCAAUCCUGUUAUCGAAGUACGGUAAAGUAACAGACACGGAGGCCGUUCAUAAGACGAUCGAGCGCGUUUGGCAGCUUGAAGGUGAACAGGACGUUCGUGGCUUUGCGUGCUCAUAA